ACUUCCGGAGCGCGAGGCAGUACUUCCGGGAGCUUGGGGCAGAAGACUGCGGCCCCUUUACGUGGUGGUCUCUGCUACUUCUACCAUGCUGCUACGAGCCGCUUGGAGGCGGGCGGCUUCGUCGGUGACGGUGGCUCCGGGGCUGAGGCCCGCGGUGCCUUGUCGAGGACUGCGCCUGCGUGUUGUAGACAAUGCUCACCAGUCGUCUAUACCCACAGAUGCAGCCUCUGCCCCUGAGGCAGAGUUAGGGCUGCGACCUCUCUAUAUGGAUGUGCAAGCUACAACUCCUCUGGAUCCCCGGGUACUUGAUGCCAUGCUCCCUUAUCUCAUCAACUACUAUGGGAACCCACAUUCACGGACACAUGCUUAUGGCUGGGAGAGUGAGGCAGCCAUGGAACAUGCUCGCCAGCAAGUAGCAUCUCUGAUUGGAGCUGAUCCUCGUGAGAUAAUUUUCACUAGUGGUGCUACUGAAUCCAACAACAUAGCAAUUAAGGGAGUGGCCAGAUUUUAUAAGUCACGGAAAAAGCAUGUGGUUACCACCCAGACAGAACACAAAUGCGUCUUAGACUCCUGCCGUUCACUGGAAGCAGAGGGCUUUCAGGUCACCUACCUCCCAGUGCAGAAGAGUGGAAUCAUUGAUCUAAAGGAACUAGAUGCUGCCAUCCAGCCAGAUACCAGCCUGGUUUCAGUUAUGACUGUGAACAAUGAGAUUGGAGUGAAACAGCCUAUUGCAGAAAUAGGGCAGAUUUGCAGAUCCAGAAAGGUGUAUUUCCAUACCGAUGCAGCCCAGGCUGUUGGAAAAAUCCCACUUGAUGUCACUGACAUGAAAAUUGAUCUCAUGAGCAUCAGUGGCCACAAAAUCUAUGGUCCUAAAGGGGUUGGUGCCAUCUAUAUCCGCCGCCGGCCCCGAGUACGCGUGGAGGCCCUACAGAGUGGAGGGGGGCAGGAGCGGGGUAUGCGGUCUGGGACAGUGCCCACACCCUUGGUGGUGGGGCUGGGGGCUGCGUGUGAGGUGGCACAGCAAGAGAUGGAGUAUGACCACAAGCGGAUCUCAAAGUUAGCCAAGCGGUUAAUACAGAAGAUAAUGAAGAGCCUUCCAGAUGUGGUGAUGAAUGGGAACCCUGAACAGCACUAUCCUGGCUGUAUCAACCUUUCCUUUGCAUAUGUGGAAGGGGAGAGCCUGCUGAUGGCACUCAAGGAUGUUGCUUUGUCCUCAGGGAGUGCUUGUACCUCUGCAUCCCUGGAACCCUCUUAUGUCCUUAGAGCAAUUGGCACUGAUGAGGAUUUAGCACACUCUUCUAUCAGGUUUGGCAUUGGCCGCUUCACUACUGAGGAAGAAGUAGACUAUACUGUGGAGAAAUGCGUUCAGCAUGUGAAACGUCUUCGAGAAAUGAGUCCUCUCUGGGAGAUGGUGCAGGACGGCAUUGACCUCAAGAGCAUCAAGUGGACUCAACACUAGAAGAAUGUACCUUGCUCUGUGCUAGUCUGGC